CUGAUCAUGUGCCACCAACACGUUGUCGUCAGCCAUAACCCCAAAGACCAGCAACUCUAUAAAGUCUCGCUAACGGCACUGAUGCAAUCUUAGAUCGUGGCCCAUAAUUAUCAUACUUACCAAGAGUCAGUCUAGAAAUUGCAGCUAUGGCAUCGAAUAGCACGCUCCCUCUCACCAUGCGCGCCACACAAUGGCGCUCAAUCAAAGGCGGCAUCGACAAGAACUUAACCCUCAUCGCCGACGCGAAGCUCCCCAAGAAUGCUUCAUCGCUUCCGAAAGGACAAACCCUUGUCAAAGUCGCAUACGCAUCGGUCAAUCAUCUCGACUACAAAGUCGCCGAGAUGCCUCUCACUAACUUCAUGUUCUCUAAACCCGUCACGCCAGGCCUUGACUUCUCGGGCACAAUUGUCUCGACGACACUGAAUGAGUUUCAGUCUGGUCAAAAGGUAUUUGGAAGGACAGAGUUACCGAUUGGUGGAACAUUAGCAGAGUAUGUUGUUGUAGGGAGUAAGGGAAUGGCAGCGUUGCCAGAUGAUGUUAAGCUCAGAGAUGCAGCUUGUGUAGGGAUUUGUGGAACAACGGCGUUGCAGUGCAUGUCACCGUUUGUGAAAGCGGGUGAUAGGGCGUUUAUUAAUGGUGGCAGUGGAGGUGUUGGUGUUUUUGCCAUUCAAGUUGCCAAAGCUUUGGGGUGUUCUCAUGUCACGGUCACUUGCUCCGCUUCCAACGCUGACUUUUGUCGAAGCCUUGGUGCCGAUGAGAUUGUUGACUACAAAUCCGAAGACACCAUUGAAGUACUAAGAAAGAAGGAGGAAAGGUUUGACUUCAUUCUCGACACGGUAUUCAACAAUCCAUAUCUCUACUGGCAGUCCCAUCAGUAUCUCAAACCCGAGGGGCAGUAUGUUUGCGUUGGUCUGCCACCACGCUUUCAGACCUUCAAAUCCCUACUUACUAUCACCCUGUUACCGAGAUGGUUGGGUGGUGGGAAGAGAAAGUUCAAGUAUCAUUCGGUGACAGCGAACAGGAAGGACUUUGGGCAAGUUGCAGAUUGGAUGAAGGAUGGGAAGAUCAAGGCCGUUAUCGAGGAGGAGUUUGGGCUGGAGGAUGCGGGGAGGGCGUAUGCGAGGUUGAAGGAGGGGAGGACGAGAGGGAAAUUGGUUGUGCGUGUUGGAGGUGAAGCUGGUGUUGAUUGAUAAGGUAUGGUUGGAUCAUGGAGGUCAUGGAAUGACCUGACCAAGGGAAAUAUCGAAAUGGACUUUUGAGGGACAUGCUACGAUCAUUUUGGGUAUGGAAAGAAGAAUAAUGAUGGCAAAAGGCUACAACGGGUUAUCACUACUGGUAAUUGGAUCUCUAAUCCAAAUUGAACAGAGAUUUAUUAUUUCGGCACCGGGAAGACGAUUUUCAUGAACCCAAGCUUCCUAUAUAGACUCCGCCUCCAACGCCAGUAGUAUACAGACGAGCUCAGAGAAUAAUAGCCUGAGGAUUCAAAUUCGAAAACAUCUGAUUCCACAUCAUAUCCUCCUCGGGCGCUCGUUUCCAAAUAUCCUCCAACACCGCGAUGACUGAAUGGACCGAAGCAAAUCGUAUCUCAUCAUAAAUAAAUCCUGCAAGACCACGCACUAGACGCUGUUGCUUUGGGCAUUGUGAGUGCGCUCCUGCUAUGCAGAUAGGUAGUACAGCGCAGUUGAGAAUUUUCGACGGUUUCUGGAUACUGAAGAUACAGUCGAGACAAGAUUGGGUAUGUUGCUGGACGAGGGCAUGGUUUGCUGGUAGACCGCAGACAGCUCGGUACAAGUAGAUCAGUGCGGCAUGCUGGAAGAUGCGGACAAGGC